AUGGCGGUGUCUGUACAUACUGGUAUCUGGGACAACGUGAGAGAGCUAACCAGAGUGGCCCAGAGAAAGGGUGGCGAUCCUCUGCACUGGGCGUUACAGGACAAGUGGCACAAUGCUGGGACCUAUGAUGCCAAAACGAAGACUGGAGGUUCUAAUGGCUCAAUCAGGAGUGGGGUGGAGUUGAAACAUAGUGCAAAUGCUGGUUUGGAAAUCGCACUUGCUGGCAUUGUUGCAGUGGAAGUCACUAGAGGCCCCUCUAUUGACUUUGUUCUAGGAAGGAAGGAUUCAUUGGAAUCUCCUGAAGAAUGGCGCCUUCCUGAUGCUAGACAAGGUGCAAAGCAUUUAAGAGAUGUCUUUUAUCGUAUGGGCUUAUCUGAUAAGGACAUUGUGGCAUUGUCUGGAGGCCACACAUUGGGAAAGGCACACAAUGAGAGAUCAAGAUUCGAAAGUCUACCUUGGACAACUGACCCUUUGAAGUUUGAUAAUUCGUAUUUUGUGUGA